GCGCACAGGAGAAGUACAGCGAGGCAGUGGUGCCUGCUGAGUGCAGUGCUGUGCUGCUGCUGCCGCGCACGAGAAUACAGCUGCAGCUGCAGGUGGUGCAUGACGACGGCUCGCUGCUGGCGUGUGCUCUGAAUGCUGCCUUUGCUGCUCUCCUCGAUGCCGGCUUGCCUCUCGCUUGCCUCCCAGCGGCAGUGCAGCUGGCACUGGACUCGCAAGGCCAACUGCUGCUGGACCCAACCAAGCAGGAGCAGCAGACAGCGUCUGCCACCCUCUGCACAGUGUUCGCCAACCGCCCGCUAGCACCGGACGGCACAGUGCUUGCUACAGUGCCCAUUGGGCCGGCUGGGGUGGCAACAGCAGGAGCAGGGAGCAGCAGCAGUGGGCAAGAAGCAGUGGAUGGGAUGAUCACGUGUGAAGCCACAGGACGAAUCAGAGCCCUCAAGUACGUGGAGGCGUUGGAGAGAGCAGAGCUGGCGUGUCGGGUCAUCGAUGCCUUCUCCCGCACUGGCCUCGAGCAGUAUCAGAAGAGAAGAGAGGUGGUGGCGGUGUGA